UUGUUUCUACAUUAUUGCGAACCUCUGGUGACAGCUGAAGCGAGCCGUCCUCAGGCUACGUUUGUCCUAGUUGUUUCCCUGGUUCGUGUCGCAUGUUUACUCACUUCACGUCUGAGUUAUUCGAUUAAUGGCGUUCGUUAGAUCGGCUUUUUUUGGCUAGCAGAUUUUUAUUUAAUUUGAUCAUAAUACCAUUCUGGUGCUAUUUAUACCUUGCAUUGUAUCGCAAAACAUCUUCUCAUAAUUAAACUCUUAUCCAGCGAACUUCCAACUAAGAAGGUCGUCACAAAUAUGUCAUUCUAAAUUUCUGAAUAUGUCAGCAGUAAGACAUCCGUAUGAUGUCGGCACGUGCUUGAAAGAACUCCUUACGCACAAGUUCCUCGAGAUAGGAAAGGGCACUUCACUCUCCCAUUGUGGGAAUCACCUACAAACUUCACGCUUAGCCUGUGCCGAUUCCUAUCAAACGAACAAAAGCAAUCCAUCCAUCCUGUCAGUUUUGCUGUUUUUGUUCGAUAUCUGUCCCGCUCUCUAUCGCGCUCCACUGAACAGUGAUGUUGUCUCCUCUGGCGCAUGCGCCGUAUACGGGGCGCCAUCGCGGUAUUAUCUCUGUCAGGUGGCGCUCUUCCCCCGCAAUGACGAUAAGCACAGCCACAAUGGUGCACCAGCUCUCCAGUUCACGCAUCCGAGAAAUAGUGGACCUGUGGCGUGGUUAUGCAACGUUUGGUUAACAAAGAAUAUUCCGCAACUUGCGGUGCCAUCAGUGGAACCAGUAGUCGAUCGAAGUUGAAGCAUUUUACACAAUGGCUGUCUAUGUUAGAUUGAGGCAACUGGGAAAUCGUCUAGGGAGCUACGUUUCCCAUCGAAUGACUUCCUCGUCGGGUGCAGCGGGUGCCACCUCGCGUCCCAUCGAAAAGUUACUUAUCGCUAAUCGGGGUGAGAUCGCGUGCCGCAUCGCCCGUUCAGCCAAACGGAUGGGAAUUCGCACCGUAGCCGUUUACAGUGACGUCGAUGUAAACUCAAAACAUGUCCACGAUGCCGAUGAAGCUUUCAGGGUGGGCGAAGCUGCCGCAGCGGAUAGUUAUCUCCGUACGGACCGAAUAUUAGAAGUGGCGAAGCGCAGCGGGGCCCAAGCGAUUCAUCCGGGUUAUGGGUUUCUCUCUGAAAAUGUUGAGUUUGCCCAAAUGUGCCAUAACGAAGGGAUUUUAUUUGUCGGUCCCCCUGUGAACGCAAUUCGUGAUAUGGGUAUUAAAUCAACAGCGAAGCGUAUCAUGUCGUCAGCUGGUGUGCCGAUCAUCGAAGGAUAUCAUGGCGAAGAUCAGUCCGAAAGCAAGCUUUUCGAAGAAGCACGAAAAAUCGGAUUCCCCGUAAUGCUGAAAGCAGUGCGCGGGGGCGGCGGCAAAGGUAUGCGGAUCGCAUUUAACGAGUCUGAGUUCAGUGCACAGCUGCAAAGCGCAAAACGAGAAGCUCUCAAAUCGUUCGGGGACGAAGUGAUGCUUGUGGAAAAGUUCAUCGUGAAGCCAAGACACGUCGAGGUUCAAAUCUUUGGAGACGCUCACGGGAACUAUGUGUACCUGUUCGAGAGGGACUGCAGUGUUCAGAGACGUCAUCAGAAAAUUAUUGAGGAGGCGCCAGGGCCCGGGAUCGAUAGCACUACACGAAGUGAGAUUGGAGAAACGGCUGUUCGAGCUGCACGGGCUGUGCAGUAUGUCGGGGCGGGAACUGUUGAGUUCGUCAUGGACCCGCAACAAAACUUCUAUUUCAUGGAGAUGAAUACUAGAUUACAGGUUGAACAUCCGAUCACUGAAAUGAUAACUGAGGUCGACCUUGUUGAAUGGCAAUUGCUCGUCGCUUCAGGACUGCCCCUUCCAUUGCUACAAAAUGAGUUGCCGCUUAAAGGGCACGCAUUUGAAGCUCGAGUGUACGCUGAAGAUCCGAAGAACAACUUUAUGCCCGCGGCUGGUGUACUAAAAAAGUUACGCGCCCCACGUAGUGUCCGCGUAGAUACAGGUGUUCGGGAGGGUGAUGCAGUCAGCGUGCAUUAUGAUCCUAUGAUAGCCAAACUUAUCGUAUGGGGACCCGAUCGCCAGUCUGCCCUUGUUAAACUCAACCAGUCACUGUCCGAAUAUAUAAUCGCAGGCAUGCCAACCAAUGUCUCAUUUUUAAUGAAACUAUCGGCCCAUAAAAACUUCCAGGCGGGAGACGUACAUAACGACUUCAUUUCCCAGCAUUACCAGUCCCUCUUCGAACUCCAGCCUCCAUCGGAUAAAGUAGUUGCUCUUUCAGUCCUGCCGCUGCUGCAGAAAAAGAGUGCGGUUGACUUUUUCCGAAUCAAUAUGGACCAUAUGGAGAAAAUUGCGCUCAAAUUCGAUGACAAAGAGUACGUUGUCGACGUCACAGUCCACGGUGACGGAAGCUAUACGACUCGGUGUGGUUCGUUCGUGCACCGGUUACGCGCUAGUUUUUACGAUGAUAAUGGAAUUAUUGAGGUUCGUUGUGAACUACCUGAGGAAGUGUUUAAAUUUAAAACUUACGUCGAAGAAGGACGCAGGAUAAAUGCAUUCACAGGGAAAGACGUCUAUCUAUUUGAUCUUGUACCUCCAGCAUAUGCGGCCAAACUAGAUAGCCGUGCAGGUGACGGCGUUAACAGGGGCGCAAUUGCGCCUAUGCCUGGCGUCAUCGAGCAGAUCAUGGUGAAGGAAGGCGAUCGGGUCCUAAAAGGCCAGCCCCUAGUUGUGAUGAUCGCUAUGAAGAUGGAGUACGUGAUUAAGUCAGCUGAAGACGGCAUUGUUUCGAAAAUUUUAUUUAAAAAGAAUGACAACGUAUCGAAGGAUGCGCAACUCGUACAGGUAGCACCUGACAAUGGAAAAAUAACUUCAUCAGUAUGAAUCAAGGAAUCUUGCUCAAUACACAGGACAAAGAGGGCUUGUCCUAGUGACGUUGUUACUAUAUUUACGAAUGCUAAUUCCAGUGAUGACAUAGCUGUUUUGUAUAAGACGAGAUUUUAUCUAAGUUGCACAAAAACGCAGUAACCGAAAAGAUCGGUCGCGUUUUUACGUUUUGCUCGUAAAAUUGUUAUACUUCGGCGCUGGCUUCGAAAUGUUCGUUUAGGUCUGUGAUUAAUAAAUAGUAUGCAGUAUGUAAAAAAGCAAGGA